AUGUCAGUGGCGUGCGAUCCUUUGCGUAUGCUUUCACAUUUCAUUACAGAAAAGCCUGCCUUUUUUGAUUGCUGCGACGUGGCCGCACUCACUGAGUGGGCUCAGCGGGAGAAGCUGGGCCCCAGGUUCAAGGCGGGGAUUGAAGAUCUCGUCAAGCAGGGGGGUCUCUGCACUACAACGGACCAGUUCUUGCUCGGGCUCGGCAUCAUGCUGCCAGCCAUGAGAAAGAAGAUCCUCGAGGCUUGCAAACGCAAGCUGAUUGGAAACAAAAGAGUCCGUUUUGGAGAGGUGCGAAAGUUUGAGCCGAUCCUCAAUAAGAAGCCCAGCACGAAGUGCCCGUGGGUUGAAAUUGACGAAAUUGAAGUUCGUCAUGACAAGGUGACCCUGCUGGCCGCAAUCAGGACCUGGCGCUUUUGCACGACAGGUGUGGAUGGCUUGGAGGAGAUUUCUCUCCUGAGGGAUGCCUUCGAAAUCUGGCGGCCACAGAAGAAGGGCCUUUGGAAGAUGUUGCAGGAUUUAGUGGAAGGCAUUGGAGUUUUCUUCACUUCCCUGCCGUGUUGCAGUAGGUAG